AGAGGACAACAUUACUUGCAAGCCAUUGUUGAUUUUUUGACGAAAUAAAGAGAAAUUGUGCUUAAAACUACCGAAAAAUGGCUCUUGUGUGUGCGAUUUCAAACGAAGUUCCCGAUGUCCCUGUUUUGUCACCAAAGAGCGGCUCGAUAUUCGAACGUCGUUUAAUCGAGAAAUAUGUGAAUGAAAAUGGAUGUGACCCAAUUACGGGCGACGAAUUGAAGCUCGAAGAACUCAUUGAAGUCAAAGUUCCCGCAAUUGUGAAGCCAAAACCGCCAAGUGCAACAAGCAUUCCCGCAACACUGAAAUCCAUGCAAGAUGAAUGGGAUGCCCUCAUGUUAUAUGCAUUUACGCAACGUCAACAACUCCAAACAGCUCGUCAAGAACUUUCGCACGCCUUGUAUCAACAUGACGCCGCUUGUCGUGUCAUUGCGCGUUUAAACAAAGAAGUAACGGCGGCUCGCGAAGCUUUGGCAACGUUGAAACCGCAAGCGGGCAUCACGCAAGUCGUUCAACAACAACAAAUCGCUGUCGCGGCUGAAGCAACGGGCAAUGCGACGCAACCUGUCGAACAAGCCGGCAUGAGUGCUGAAGUAAUUCAAAAGUUGCAAGAUAAGGCAACUGUUUUGACGCAAGAACGGAAGAAACGAGGCAGAACUGUGCCCGAAGAAUUGGUUUCUGCUGACAAAAUUCGUGGAUUUUUGACACUCGCAUCACAUCCGGGUCUCCAUUCGGCAAGUGUUCCGGGAAUUUUAACACUCGACAUCAAUUGUUCGGACCAAAGUCGCAUCUUAACCGGAGGAAAUGACAAAAAUGCGACAGUUUUCAACAAAGACACGGAACAAAUUGUCGCUGUCUUGAAGGGACACACGAAAAAAGUCACGAAAGUAAUUUACCAUCCGGAUGAAGAUACAGUUAUUACGGGAUCUCCCGACACGAGUAUUCGCAUUUGGAAUGUCCCAACAUCGCAAACUGUCUUGUUGCUCAGAAGCCAUGAAGGACCAGUUACGGGAUUGUCGCUUCAUCCAACAGGCGAUUACAUUUUGUCGACAUCCACAGAUCGUCAUUGGGCAUUUUCCGACAUUCGCACAGGGCGUUUGCUCACAAAAGUACCCGAUACAGCGGAAAUUGGCUUGACAACUGCCCAAUUUCAUCCGGAUGGCUUGAUUUUCGGUAUCGGAACAGAAGAUUCGCAAGUUAAGAUUUGGGAUUUGAAGGAACAAAGCAACGUCGCCAACUUCCCGGGACAUACGGGACCAAUUUCGGCAAUUUCCUUCUCCGAAAACGGAUAUUAUUUGGCAACAGCAGCUGAUGAUUCGUGCGUUAAAUUGUGGGAUUUGCGAAAAUUGAAGAAUUUCAAGACAAUUCAACUGGAUGACGGUUAUGAAGUUAAGGAUUUGUGCUUCGAUCAGAGCGGAACGUAUCUUGCCAUCGCAGGAACAGAUAUUAGAAUCUACUUGUGCAAACAAUGGCAAGAGCUCAAAGUAUUCAACGAUCACACAGCAAUGGCAACGGGCAUCAGAUUUGGUAAACAUGCACAAUUUUUGGCUUCAACAAGUAUGGAUCGAACACUCAAAUUGUACGGAAUUGAGUAAAUUAAGAGAAAAAAAUAUUUGUAAUUCCAAUUUUGACACUGAUUUUCGUAAAAAAUAGAUAUCGUAAUAAAGUUCUGCAUUCAAG